GAAGUGUCUGCUCUUCAUGUGAUCUUCAGAGGCUCUUUCAAUUUUAAGAAACGAAACAAAACUAAGAAAACUUUAUGAAAAACGCUUAAAUUUGUGAAUGGAAAAUCAAAUAUCCGCUUUGCGUGGUUAACCCUUUCCCACUCAGAAGCAAAGUGAAAAUGGCUAUGUGCAAACAACAUAUAACCAGAACAGCCUGACAGCAUUGACACAUUGAAGGAAAGUAGAUGUCGCAAGUAUUUCAACAGUCACAUAAGUGUUUGUUGAGGCAUAUACCCGCUACAGCAACCUGGUCUCUCCUAAACAAACAGUUGAGCAGAAAGAUGUCGUCGAAACUUAAAAUGUCAAACCGCCUUGCAGGCACAGAGAAGAAUGUCUGGGUGGAGUUUGGAAAAUUGUCUGCUGACUACAAAGCUUUGAAUCUUGGCCAGGGAUUUCCUGACUACCAUCCUCCUCGGCAUGUGCUUGACAUCUUUGCCAAGUUGGUUGUCGGGGACAACCCCCUCAUCCAUCAGUACACACGUUCUUAUGGUAAUCCUCACUUGGUAACAACCUUGGCCAAGCUGUAUGGACCAAUCAUGGGCCGGGAAAUCGACCCCAUGACAGAGGUCAUGGUCAGCUGUGGGGCGUUUGGGAUUCUCUUCUCCACCAUCCAGGGCCUGAUUAACCCGGGCGAUGAGGUGAUCAUUAUUGAGCCGUUCUUCGACUGUUACGAGCCCAUGGUGAGAGUGGCUGGUGGGAAACCUGUGUUUGUGCCACUACGACCGACCCAGAAGGAAGGCCCACUCACAAGCAAUGAUUGGACACUGGAUAGAGAGGAAAUUGCCAAGGCCUUCAACAGUAACACCAAGGCCAUCAUGGUUAACAACCCAAACAAUCCAAUUGGCAAGCUGUAUCGUAGAGAGGAGCUGGAUCUGAUAGCAGACCUUUGUAAGCAGCAUGACGUCCUGUGUAUAGCGGAUGAGGUGUAUGAAUGGAUGAUCUACAGGGGCCAUAAGCAUAUCAAGAUUGCCACCCUGCCAGGUAUGUGGGAUCGUACCAUCACGGUGGGCAGUGCUGGUAAGACAUUCAGUGCCACGGGCUGGAAGCUGGGCUGGGCCGUGGGGCCGCAACCUCUCAUUAAGACCCUGAUGGUGCUUCACCAGAACUCCAUCUACACCUGUCCCACUCCCAUACAGGAGGCUGUAGCGGCUGGUCUUGAUUAUGAGAUAUCAGUCUUUGAAGACGAGGAGAAAUGUUACCUGAAGUCCCUGGCCCUUAAGGAACUGGCCCCUAAACGAGACGCGCUGGCUCAAGUUCUCACAGAGGUUGGACUGACCCCUACGGUGCCUGAGGCAGGGUACUUUAUGAUGGCGGAUAUAUCCAAGAUCAAUGUAGAUAUCCCAGAUGAUGGCACAGAUGACCCGUUUGACUUUAAGUUUAUACGCUGGAUGACCAAGAACAAGAAACUGUCAGCUAUUCCACCCACAGCUUUCUACAGCCAGGAACACAAGCAUCUGGGAGAGAAGUUUGUGAGAUUCUGCUUCAUUAAGAAAGAUGAAACGUUAGAAGCAGCUGCAAAGGUUCUCAGAGAUUGGAAAAAAGAACUGGAUCAGAAGAGCUGAGUUCUGUAUCACCUGGAAGCUCAUUAUUAAUGUCUUAUCCCCUCUGAGCUCUCUGUUACCUAGAAGCUUAUUGAAUAUGUAGACUUUUUCUCCAAAAUAACAAGAAUCAACAAAUAUAUAACAUAUUUAUGAGUGUGUAAUAUCAUGCUUUAAUAUUGAACGUUCAUCUUUGCUCAAAGUCAUAGUGACAGGUAUUAAGAAUGUCUAUAAAAAAGGUUUUCAUGGUAAUUUCCUGUUAUCUUUUAAGAAAGCUGAAUUAAAAUUAUCACUGUUGAAAAUGAUAUAUACAGAAUAACUGGUUACUGCUAUAUCGUUUUGUUAUAUAUCAGAUGAUUCUUAGAUUAAAGAAAUAGAAAGGCUGGCUGAGCAAUUCUUUCUUCGUGCUUAGCCUGAUAUUUUAUAAAAUGUGUCUUGUUUUGAGAAAACUGGGCUUAAUUCAUGUGCGUAAAGUGUCGUCCCAGAUUAGCCUGUGCAGUCCACAACAGGCUAAUCAGGGACAACACUUUCCGCUUUAAUGGUAUUUUUAGUUUCAAGGAAGUACCUCCUUACUGAAAAUCAAGUUUAGGCGGAAAGUGUCGUCCCUGAUUAGCCUGUGCGCACUGCACAGGCUUAUCUGGGACGACACUUCACGCACACGAAUUAAGCCCAGUUUUCUCAGAACAAGACGCAAAUGAUAUUGCAGUUACUGGCUUUACCUGUUUGUAUCAUACCUUUAUGCACCCAUUUUUAAAGAAAUAAUUAAAACAAUUGUUUUUACUUUUGGCUGUAAUGUAUCUGUUGUGUGACUUUUGAGGUGUGUUUGCAUUACCUCAUAAGCACUUGCACUGAAUUAAUACUUGUAAAAUACAAUUUUUGCUUAUUUUGUUGCUUUUUGUGUCUAAAAGGCAGUAUCAUCCUGGGUUUGUUCUUCAUAAGAAUGUUUGUUUUUCCUCCGAACAUUUCUGAAUUUGCAUAUUUGUCAUGGUGCUGUGGUGAUUUUUGGAAGCUUUUUUUAAAUAAAUGUAAUUAUUUCCUUACAAUAGUCUUCUGGUGAUUUUUAAAGAAGGCUCACAGACACUUCAGACUAUUAAGGAACAAUAUAUGUGCUGUAAUAUAUUAUAUAUGAUAGUGUAAGUAAUCUCAUGUGUUAUAUAUUAUAGAUGAUAUUUAACUUAUUUCUUUGCAAGUGUUUUAUUACUAGGUAAUAUGUACUGCUUUUAGCAAUACUCACUUGUUUUAUAAAAAUCCAAUGGAUAUUUACAUAGAUAUUUAUAGAUAUUUACAACAAAAAUGCAUUAAACAUAAAUUUUAAUGUAUAAUUAAGCCAAACAUUAUUUUUGUUGACAUAGAUUGAGUUGGACUAUAUUGCUGACAUUGUAACUUUUUGUGAAUAACAAUAUAUUAUACAUGAUUUAAACAGUAUAUUUUUUAUAAAUAAUAAUGAUCCCCUUAUGGUAAUUUUUAUAAAGUAACUGCGUUUUGAAAUAACCAUGCAGUUUUCCUGCAGUUUUGUUGGUGCUUUGUUUUAAAACAUAAGUUUUUUUGUGAGUUUGGUGACUUUUUAUGUUGUUUUUGCCCUGUCUAUUGGUUUGGUUGUUUGCGUCAAACUUUAACAUUUACCAUAACUUUUGCAAUAUUAAAGAUAGAAACUUGAUAUUUGGCAUGCAUAUGUGUAUCUCAUGGAGCUGCACAUUAUGAGUGGUGAAAGGUCAAGGUCAAAUAUAUGGGGGACAAAGUGUUUUACAAACACAUCUUGUUUAUUAUUGUAUUUAUAUGCAUUGAUGUGCUCAGGUUUUUUAUAAUAUUGUCUUGCCAGAUGAAUCAUUGUAAAUGGAUUAUAUUUAUGAAUCUUGUUCCAAUAUAUCCUCAACACAAAUCUGACAAUCGGAAUAGCCCAGCAACAUUAACUUAACCCAUUUAUGCCCAGCGUCUAGAAAAAAGGCCUUGGCAAUUUUUUACCAGCGUAGACCCAGAUAAGAUGCCGCAUGAUGCGGCGUCUCAUCUGGGUCUGCGCUGUUUGCUUAAAGGAAUUUCUGAAAGAAAUAUUAUAAAUAUACAAAUAAAUAUACUAGACAUCUCUAAUUUUGGAAAUUAAUUGAUCCAAUUUACAAUGAUGGGAGAGUCCACUUGGCAUAAAUGGGGUAAGAUUGGUCCUGAAGGGACUCUACCUCUGAUAUAGCAGUUGUCAUAUCAGACAUAAAGUGCUCCAAGUAUGGUUAAAUCAUUUUACCCAAUAUAAGUUUGUGGUAGUUAUCUUAAUGAAUAUGGCCAGAUUGCUAAACCCCACAAUAAAUAAUAUGCAUGAUGAUGUAUGAGCAACCUUAUACCUUGUGAACACUUGAAUGAUAUUUAUUUAUUUAUAUUUAAAGAUUCAUGCCUUAGUAAUUUAAUGGUUUUAAGCAGAUACACCAAUUAAUUGUAACAGAUACAAGCAUUGUAUUGCCAACAGUUUAAAAAUUGGUUUUGUCCUGUUUUUGCAUUCAUAUUUUCUGGUGCAGACUAAUAAUUGUUGCACAGAGUAGUGUUGAAUAUAGAUUAGUUUAUCAAUAGAGGUAUUCCAAAUAAUGUCAUGUUACAAGUCUCAUUUGACCUUAACCUUGGAUCUUGUGACAUCAACAUUAAUUAAUUGGCGAGUUCAUUCCCUCCGAAGUAAUAAUCAUACAAAUUCUUUAGAUAUCAUGCGGAUAGGAAUGCUCUACAGCAGCCAAUUGUUAUCCCUUGACCACUUAGAUAUGUAUUUUCACACAUUUGUAGUCCCUUUGAAAAAUUAUAUGUAACUUAAGACCUUUCUUAUUAGAUUAAAGUUUUCAAAGCUUCAUUUCCAAACCUGAGAUACUGAUGAGCAGCAAACAGCAUAAAACUGAACAGACUGCAAGUUACUGGUAGGCUGUUUUGGUUUUAUGCUGUUUGGACAUAGCCAUUUUUACUUUGCUAAUAAGUGGGAAAGGGAUAGAUCUGGAUAACUUAUCCAGCAGUUAACUUUUGGUUAUCUCCAAUUUUAGGAUAUUUUUUGGUAAGAGAUUGUAUAAAAAAAUAGAUAUCAGAACAGGUGUACGUUUUGGUUACGUUUUAGAUUUAGCCAAGGUAUUUGACUUUGGUUAUCUUUAUCCGAAUAAAGGUUAUCUUUUG